UUGAAGGCUUUCCAGGUCACGAUGACUUGAUGCUGAUCAGGCUAAUCUUUUUUUUCUUUUGGUCUUCACUCCUCUCUUUUCCUUUCCUCUUCAGGGGCUGUCCUUUUCUUCUCCAGCAUCAAUCACGGACAAAGAUAAGGGGGUGCACCAGAAACCCCCAUUCCACCUACCCUCCGGCUGAAUUGAAGCAUCAGUAUCUGUCGUUACAACUCCCGCGACAAACAUCUCCAAUAUCACGGCAAUGACGAUCAUGAUGACGAUGGUAUCAAAUCAAGCAAAGCUCGACCGUACCUGACCUCACCGCAACAGAAGGACAACUCAGACAUGAAGAUGAUGAUGAUGAGCGGUAAGCUGUAAGCUACAUCGCAUAUGGAUGCAGGUACACAGAUGCAAGAUCGAGUUGAAUAAGGGCAGGCAUACAUCACCGCAUGCAGAGAGACUGCCUUCAUCACGCAGGAUAAGCAAUUCUACAGCUCGCCACGGAAGACCUUUUCACUAAUAUCGUUAUUGUCUUUAUGGAUGAGCAGGCCCUUCCCGUGCGCUCAUUCUUCUUACAUACAUACGCAUACAUGUAUGCACAUGGAUGUUUUGAUGAUGAUGAUGAUGAUGAUGGAUAUAUAUGUAUUACUGACGUUAGCAGAAAACAUCGGACCAUUCGCCGAUCACAUCAUAACAAUCGCAAUUAUACAACAACAACAUCAUCAAUCAACAUCGUCAUAAAAGGGGGUGGUCUGUCUCAUCCCUUAGUGAUGAUGAUCGAUUGGGAAUCGAUCGGAAUGGGAAUAGACAAUCUGACGUUAGAAACGGCCCGCGAACCCUGUAAGCCAGCAGUUUGGUCGAGAACAAUCCCUUGCGCGUUUGUUGGACGCUAUGGAUUCCACAAGUGGGUGGAGAUUACAACUCCUUCUGUAUAG